AUGAACCCAGCUAAAUGUGUGUUUGGGGCAAGAUCAGGAAAGCUAUUAGGAUUUAUAGUAAGUAAGAAGGGAAUAGAGGUGGAUCCAGACAAAAUUCGAGCCAUCCAAGAGAUGCCCUCCCCAAAAACAGAAAGGGAGGUGCAUAGUUUCCUAGCAAAAUUGAACUAUAUUUCAAGAUUCAUCUCUAAUAUCACUGCCAAGGCUGAACCCAUUUUCAAGCUACUUAAGAAGAAUAAUACCGCCAAGUGGGACCCAGCUUGUCAAGAGGCUUUCAAAAGGAUUAAGCAGUACUUAUCAAAUCUACCAGUAUUAGUUCCUCUGGUGAUGGGUAGGCCAUUAAUUAUGUAUAUGGUAGUUCAGUAG